GCUGGUCAGCUUGGUGCCACAGUCGCUGACUAUACUUCGUCCUGUUCGGUUCGGAAUUUUUCUUUCCGUCGGAAGCUAUGAAGGCAAAACGAGCCUUCAGCAAAGGGUGACAAACGUUCUGUGGAAAAGUGCCCGCGCUUACUCAGCUAUAUCAAGUAAUAGAAGAAAAAAUAGGAUACACUGCUGCUGUUGUACGGAACUUCCUCUCUUGUCCUUCCUUCUGUCAGUCAACCGUCUGUCUGUCCAGGGACGGCAAGAUCUUAAGUCGUGCCAUACUACUUAGAUAUCUGUGUGUCGGUGCAUUUGGUGGGCUGAGAGUCCUUUUCCUGUAAAAGUACAUAGGAUUGCCGAAGAAAAUAUAUAGUCGAGCUCGUGUUAUCAACAGCACCAAUUCACUCCUUGUCGUCACAGUGGGUGGUGGCGGUGAGUGGCAGGAGGUCAACAUUUGCACCCGUUUUUUUACGAAACCUAAAGAAGAAGAGUGAAAAAAGUGUCUCCAUUAUCGUCCUGGGAGGUGGUUGUCGUCUUUCGUUGGGAGCUUGUUAGUUCUUUUUUCCUCCCUUUUUUGAAUGUAAAGUAGGGAAAUUUUGUUUGCACCGAGCAGUGGGUGGUGUCAUACGAAAAGGGGAGCGAGGGCUCCUUGAAACAGCAUCCUUGCAAUAAUGGUUGCCAUGGAAGACGAACAAGAGCAGCACAUCCGGUGAUGGGGUGAAUUUUUCUGCAUCACUGUAGGAAAUAUUUGGUGCAUGAAGUGUUGUAGUGCCGUGUGUAUCCGGGUGAAUGAAAAUUGAUUUUUCCCACCGACUCCCACCACACCAAUCCACCAAUCCUAGUGCUAGUGCUGUGAUUUUUUUUUGCUCAGCACCCUUAGGAAGUCUGUGGGGAGGGUGCUCGCAAUCGAUCGAAACCACCCCAAUUUCCGGUGCUCCUGGUUCAAUGUACACAUAUGCGUGUGCACCAUCAACCAGUGAAGUGAAUUCUACCGAAAAUGAAAUGCAGUAUAGGGUACUGCGCGAAAUCGAAAUCGUUUGCUGGUGAAAAUAGUGUGUAUUGAAUAAUUCACCGAGGAUCGAUUAAUACCUUCCUUCUUCCUCAUUUCUGUUCGCUUUGUUGCUGGGGGGAGAGCUUCUCUACAGUCUCGCUACAUAUUCUACGUCCCGACAAAAGAGGAUCCGUAUAGUAGCGCCUCCAUAGCGAAAAACUUAUCACGAAAUCUGCAACAAGUCCUGAUACGCCUGGCCACAUCGUAACGCGAAACGCACAACUACCGGGAUACCAGAUUCCAAUCGUUGCUGCUGGUGCUGCUCCACCAAGAAAUCAACCAACCAAACCAAACAACCGUAACAUCCGAUUGAUCAAUGAAGAAAAACGACGGCGACCCGCGAGAAUAUCCCUCCUUUAUCGGGAGUGAAUGGAAAAGUAGUAGUAACAAUUAGCAUAUCUUCGCGGGAGGAUCAGGGGAGGUGGUUGAUGCAACGUCCGUCCCACGGAUGAAUAGAAACGUCGUCAACGGCGUCGUUGUUACACCUGGUGGCGCAAUCUACCCGUGAAUCAGUGUGCUUUUGGGUGUUGGUGUUGUUGGGUGGGUGGCAUCCCCCUGAUAAGGUGGUUCAGUUGCAUGAAAGUGUUUAGAAAUUGUUGACGUCCUGGGUGCAACACGGAAUAGAAGAAACAACCCUUAAAAUCGAUAAAGGAUACAAAAAUAGCUCCGGGGUUUUUUUUGCUGCCUUCAUCGUUGGUUGGCGACGCUACUAGUCUCGGAAUGGCGCUAAUGUGUUGCUGUCGUUUUCGUCACCAUCGACGUUAAGGGUGCUCUACAGGGAGUGAAGUUAAAUUUUCUGCCUUGCUCCUAUUCGGGUUUGGGGAUAUGGCAUUGAACCAAUUUUCCGGUUGAUACGAACGUUUCGAGGUGUUUUCCUCUGAUAGGAUGGUGAAUAAGUUUGGGAAUAAGUGAUGUAUCGCCUUGGAAUAAGUUCGGGGAAGUGCGUGUGUGUGUGGUAAAUUGGCUUUGUCUGGGUCAAAAAUAGAUCACAGCUAGCCGUCGAGGCCUCUCUCUAGUUGUCCAAUUACGGGAUAUGGAUUGCUGUAGCAGCAAUUACAUGGAUUACAGGCAUUCGAUCAAUAACAACUUCUGCUAUCCGUACUCGCCCGGAAUGGUGAGGAGCGCAUCUCCUUACCCGAUGGGUUUCGGAACGGGCCCUCCUGGUGCUGGCCGCUACGGAUCCUCCGACUUCCGGUCCAGUUACUACGAUAGCUUCGACAAGUAUGGAGGAUACGGCAGCUAUCAUCAUGGUCCCGGCCAUGGCUACGGAUCCAGCAGCAAUUACUACGGAAGCUAUUCAUCGUAUCGGAAUUUCGCAUACAACGAUUUCUACCACGGGCCUCCAUCAUCCGGGAGCCAUCAUUUCUCACCCUACGGUCCAUCGCACAUGUUCAAUCGUCAGUCGCUUCCGUUCCAGAGAGAUUCCUUCUAUCAUCACCGGGCAGCAGCCCUUUCGGAGCAUCCCCAUCAGCAUCAGUAUCCAAACUUUAGCACUAAUUAUCCCCUGAAACCUACCGAAUCCGAAAGUGGCUCCAGCAACCCUUUAACAAACGCCUCCGUGACCCAGCAAAGCCCUCAGCAAGGCACGGGCAGCAAUAGUCCGUCGUCGCAUUUCAACUCCCAACAUGAACAAAGCAGCAGCGAAUACGGCCAGAGCCCAGAUUAUUCAGCACAAUCGUUCAGUCCCAGCCAUCACAGCGGCCACAGUCCUGGACCCGGCAGGGAAAACGGCGGCGGCUCCAGAGACAAGAACUUUUCAUCCGCAAUGUCAAAUGCAACAGGAGGAGGAUUCCCUCUGAGCAUAAAAGAGGCCAGAUUGCAGAAGCUGAAAGAGCGCAAACUGGCAAAGUGCAUCGGCCGGCGAAACGGAAGUCCCAACGGAAAUCACAAUGGAGGCCAAAAUCAGAGCGGUGAAAGCACCUGUAGCAGUCCGAACCCCCACGGAGGAGCAGCGGCAGCAGCAGCUGGCCAUGGGAGCCAUCAUCCAGCAGGAGGUGAUUCGUCGCCUCAUGGGAAUGUUCCUGGGGAUGCACUUUCUCACGAACGAUACGACCGUGAAAAUCAUAACGAUUCGCCGUCCCGAAGACAUGGUUCUCCAGCUGGCAGGAGGGCAACCGGGGCAAGUCCUCCGAAGCGACCUAAGAAACAAACACUAAGGAAUCGAAGAUCAGCUACAGCGCUGGAACCUCAAGACCACCGUCAGCAACCACCCCUCGGCGACACCGGGUCAUCAGCUAUGGUUCCAGAACGGAACGUGACACCCCUGCCAGGCUUCCAGCAGGCGUUCGGUUCCACGGAGAUCGGUAAAUUUUCAGAGGCCUUUUUCAACAGUAGCCCCGGACCGGCGGCGGAUCGGGAUGGCCUUUCCAUGCUUCACAGCCAUCAUCACCAUCAUCACGCGCUGGCCAUGAAUUCGCCCUUCGUCCCGGAAGAAUCCGACGUGGAAACCAUGCCCAGUCCGGCAUCCACGUGGGAUCCAUACGAUGGGUCACCCAUCGGGGCUGCUCAGACGGCGUUCAAUCUCCAGAUCGGCACCAGCUUCCAUCCGUCUUACUACGAGUCUUCUUCCUACUCUUCGGAUCCGGCCGUGGAUUCCCCCCUCGGGAGCUACUUCAGCGAGAUGACGUGCAAUGAGUUUGUAAAUUAGGGUGGGGGAAUUCUGAACUAGUGAUGGUACAUGAGUGAAAUUUUUGUGUACAGGAUACUUAGUCUAGUCUAGAACUAGGGAGGACUACGGAGACAAUGCUUCUUAAGUGCGCUUAAACGCAUUAAUGACAUUGCAUUUCUCCUUCCGUUCGAUAUCCCGUUUCUUAGAUACGUUUUUGUCAAGCCACGACUCAUCGUUGAAUGUAAGAUUUCGAGUUGUUAUUCUGUCAUGUUAAAGCUGCCAGUGGUUCUGGUCCGACGAACUUGUUAGGCUUCGGCUCGAUGCUCUCCUGUUGGCUCGACACCUUACCUGGCUCUCGGUUCGUCAACCUUUUCACUGAAAGGAGGAUUCUUUACUUAUUUAUGGUAGAACUUGAAAUGCCUUUUUUAAUCUUUAGUUCAGUUACUUUUACACAAAAAUCACAAUUACUUUUCUUAUUGUUUACUUCUGAUGUUUAUGUAAGACUGGCUGUUAGCCAAUCGGUAGAUUUGCGGUGAACCCCUAAUAAUCCCUAGCGUCGGCAAGCUUACACAAAACCAAGUUGCAGGGGAGUUCAGGAGAGCUAAGAAAAGCUCUUCGGAUAAAGUCUAGGUACCGUUUAAUUUCGCAGAUUCGCAGUAAUUUUACUAGCCCACCACUUUCUUAAGCUAUUUAUCUGACCUGGUAAGUAUUCCGUUUCCUUCUUUGUCGUCGAGCUCGGGUUCGAUGAGGUCCACUUAGAGGCUGGCUGGCUCUCGUGGGUAGUGUUGUUGUGCCCUGCCCCACCUUGGGUGCUGAACCGGGCACUACUGGUACUUCGUGGCUGAGCGAAAAGGCGUGAUUGCGGAGUACCUGACCCCACCUUGGGUGCUGAGACAGGUACCGGGAAAGUAACACCGACGGCGAUCGGUCGACGUUGUCGGGCGGCGCACUUGAACCUUCGACGGUGAGUAGAGUGCGUGGCGAUGCCGUACCUGGCCCCACCUUGGGUGCUGAACCAGGUACCGAAAUUAAUAACACCGACGGGUGUGGUGGUCGGUUGAAGUUGUAGAGCGCUGUGGCGCUCUCGGAGUUCGGUUGAUUUAAAAUCUAACCGAAACAGCGGGGUCAUGGUAAAAUUCAGGAGCAUAUUAUGGACACAAUUUGGGCAGGGGCAAAAUGGCGUAGGGUUACCUGGAAUUUCAAUCUAUCCCAGCUUAAGACUGUAUUUUCCUUUCUAUGGAAUCCUUCAAUGGCGAUGAUUCCUGUUCCGUUUUAGAUGGAUGGAACAAAAGCGCCAAACUUUUUGCAAUGGCAAACGAUCGUUGAAAUUUUGGGAUCGCUAUGAUGCGUUCGCGAACUAAUGGCAGAAUGGCGCCUUCGGUCAUUUCUUUUACGACCUGCUCUGACCCCAUUGCCGCUCACUGCCCCCGUACCGCGCUCGUUUUCGCCUCGCCCUAUCGCACGCUUCGCCUCUUCGCUUGAAGACAACGGCUCACAUCUCUGCGCUGCUUUUUGGUGGUGGGUUGUUGAACGACCAUCUUUCGCCCGGUCGUUCGCCUGGUUAGCGUGGCUUGGUGAACUGCUUCAUCAAGGAGAACCCCUCAACCCCCACAAACAACACUGCAACAUUUAUUUAAUUUACAACUACAACAAGAUCACCGCGGCCUCCUUCGACUGACUAGCAACGCUUACAUUUAUUAUGUGUUGUUGUCCAUCUCAACAAUAGCUACGACGAGAAAAGUCUCACAACUCCUCCUCAACACAUACAUUCCGCAGUCUCCCAACUGUCUUCGGCUGCUCCUCUUCAGUACAGUUCGACAACCUUCCAUUUGGCUUCCGGCUCGAAAAUCUUCCAGUGGCUACGACCCGUCGUCCUUCCAAGAUUCCUGGCUGGCCGGACGUUUUUCCAGUUGGCUGCUGGUCCGACGACCUUCCAUGUUCCCUGGUCCGACAACCUGCUUCUCGCUCCGAUCCAACGACCUUCCAGUUGACUUCUGGGGUCUCGGCUCUUUUGCUGCGGCUCUACGACUUUCCAUGACAUUCGAAGACCUCCACCGGCUCGACGACUUACCAAGAAAUCGAUCCUACGACUUUCCCGGUUCGACGAACUCCCAAUAGUUGCAGUUCGAUGACUUGGUUUAACAGUCCGACGACCAUCCAUGGCACGGGCUUGACGACUUUCCAUGGUAUCCCAUACGUAAGUUCUCCAGUGGCUUCUGUUUCUUGACUUGGCGCCCAUGAUAAUUCCGGGGCACUUUCCAUGGUUUCCGGCAUGACGACCUGUGGUUUCGGUCCGGACCUUCUAUGGUACCGUCCAGACAACAUACCAGUGGCUCCAGUCCGACGAACAAAAAGGUAAUAACCCCCUAAAUCUUCCCGCAUCGGAAAGUAUUCCGCGUUAAACGUUAUCGUGAGUGAACAAUAAACCCCGGAAGAAUAAAGUUUUGCCGUACGUGAUCACAAAACCGCAAAAACUGUAUUUCUGUGGUCUCUUGGUUCACCUUGGUGCUGUUUGUUAUUGUCCCUUCAGAAACAACUUUGGUUUAACAACAAACAUCUGCAUAACAACAUGUCGAAGUCAGCACGUUCAACAACACCAUCAUCAUUAUUAUUAUUUAUUUUAUUAUUAUUUACAUAGUAUUCCGUCUCACGACAUAACUUGACGAACAUAAUUCCUAAAAUUCACUCGGUUCAUAGCAACCGUUCUCCAAUUUCUCGGGCACCCCACGUUCGCCAGAUCACGCUCCACUUGGUCUAACCAUCUCGCUCGUUGCGCCUCCGCUCGUCUUGUUCCUACCGGAUUCGUAGCGAACACACGUUUUGCAGGACAGUCGUCCGGCAUUCUCGCAACAUGUCCCGCCCAGCGUAUCCGACCAGCCUUCACCACCUUCUGGAUACUGGGUUCGCCGUAGAGCCGCGCGAGCUCGUGGUUCAUCCUUCGCCUCCACACUCCGUUCUCCUGUACGCCGCCAAGGUUCUUAACACUCGUCGCUCAAAUACUCCGAGUGUACGCAGGUCCUCCUCGAGCAAUAUCCAUGUCUCGUGCCCGUAGAGAACAAUCGGUCUAAUGAGCGUCGUAUACAGGUUACACUUCGUGCGAGGGCUAAGUCUUCUCGACCGCAGUUGCUUGUGGAGUCCAUAGUAGGCACGACUUCCGCUGAUAAUUCGCCUCCGGAUCUCACGGCUGGUGUCAUUGUCUGCGGUCACCAGUGUCAAAGUCUUCGACUAUCUCCAGCUCGUCGCCGUCGAUCAUGACCUUGUUAUUACUGGACAAGCGGGUUCGGUCGGUCUCGGAUCCGCAGGCCAGCAUGUACUUCGUCUUGGACGUAUUAAUCAUCAACCCAAUCCUUCCUGCUUCGCGUUUCAGUUUGCGGUAGAUCUCCUCCACCGCCGCAGAUGAUCUGCCGACUAUAUCAAUGUCAUCGGCAAAGCAGAUAAGUUGACUGGAUCUGUUGAAAAUCGUGCCCCGCAUUUCGCCCACCGCUCGUCGAAUAACACCUUCUAGCGCCACGUUGAACAUCAUGCAGGAUAGACCAUCACCUUGUCGAAGCCCCCUGCGCGAUUCGAAUGAACUCGACAAUUCACCCGAAAUCCGCACACAGCACUGCGUUCCAUCCAUCGUCGCCUUGAUCAGUCUGAUUAGCCUCCCGGAAAAGCCGUUCUCGUCCAUGAUUUUCCAUAGCUCGUUACGGUCGAUCGUGUCGUAUGCGGCUUUGAAGUCGAUGAAUAGAUGAUGCGUAGGGACUUGGUGUUCACGGCAUUUUUGGAGGAUUUGCCGUAAUGUGAAUAUCUGGUCCGUCGUAGACCGUCCCUCCAUGAAGCCGGCCUGAUGACUUCCCACGAAUCUGUUUGCUUGUGGCGUGAGGCGGCGGAGUAGGAUUCGGGACAACACUUUGUAGGCGGCAUUGAGGACAGUGAUCGCUCGGUAGUUCUCACAGUCCAAUUUGUCGCCCUUCUUGUAGAUGGGGCAUAUUACCCCCUCCUUCCACUCCUCCGGUAGCUGUUCUAUGUCCCAGAUCCGGGCUAUCAACCGGUGUAGGCAAUCGGCCAACCUGUCCGGGCCCAUUUUGAUGAGUUCAGCUGCGAUGCCAUCCUUCCCAGCCGACUUGUUUCUAUUCAGCUGGCGAAUGGCUUCCUUAACUUCACUCAUCGUUGGGAGUGGCUCCUCUUCGUCGUUGGCUACGCCGGCGAUGUACCUUCCCCCACCGUCUUGAUCUCCUGCAUGUGCGCCGUUCAGGUGUUCAUCGAAGUGCUGCUUCCACCUUUUGAUCACCUCACGAUUGUCCGUCAGGAUACCCCCGUCCUUAUCCCGGCACAUUUCGGCUUGCGGCACGAAGCCUUUGCGGGAUGC